AUGAGUUCCGAUGAGGCCAAGGUAAGGCUAAAAUGGCUCGGAGAUUGCCCGGACGAGCCUCGAACGACAUUCGGCGUUCCAUGGCCACGAGGGAAAUAUUAUCCUGGUCAGACACCCUUCGUACUUGACGACGGCUGCCAUUCGACGCCGCUACAAUCCUGGGUCAAUGCGUCCUGGCCUGACGGGUCAGUGAAAUGGACCGGGCAUUCUAUUUCCUCGGAGGGGAGCGUUCCAAGCGGUCACUUCAUCAAGGCGACCAAAGCAAAUGAAUAUGUAGACCCGCCUACUGGAAUCCAGAUUCGACAUGACAGAACCACUAAAGUGAUCCAUGUUGACACAGGGAAAGUGUCCGCCACUUUCCCCACUAAAGGUCGAUUUGUGAUUGAGCAAAUCACAAACAGCAAUGGCAAUGUUGUUGGAUCCCGGGGCAGAUUGGUAUUACUAUCUCAAUCUGACCAAUCUAUCGAAUUUGAAUUUCAGGGCUCGGUUGAAGAUGUGACCAUCGAGCAGGAGGGUUCUAUCAGAGCCGUCAUUGCAAUCAGAGGCACACAUGAAUUUACUGGGUCUCACGAUCCUUCUUCACGAGCCCCAUGGCUUCCAUUCAUCUUGCGCUUCUACUUCUAUCGGAGCUCCGAAGAAAUUCGUGUUGCUCAUACCAUCAUCUACGACGGCGAUCCCCAAAAGACCUUUAUCCGGGGUAUCGCGAUCCAAUUUGAUGUCCCUCUUGGCGAUGAAUUGCCUUUCAAUAGACAUGUACGCUUUGCUGGCGUAGAUGAUGGAAUAUUGAGCGAGUCUGUUCAAGGAAUCACAGGGCUUUGGAAGGAUCCCGGUCAACAUAUUAGGUCUGCUCAAGUCCAUGGCCAGACUCUACCGCCCAAAGAGACAUGGGAUAAUCAAGUUGGAGAGUACAUGAAGUGGGUCCCUUGCUGGAACGACUACACCCUAACUCAACUGUCUCCCGACGGAUACACACUGAAAAAACGAACUGUCUCUGGAUUUAGUUGGGUCAAUAUCCCUGGAGGAACCCGUGCCGGUGGGCUCGCAUAUCUGGGCAGUGCGACGCAUGGUGGUCUUGGAAUUGGAAUGCGGUAUUUCUGGGAGAGGUACCCAACAGGCUUGGAUGUUCGAAAUGCGAAUGGUCCAACAGGCCAGAUCACACUGUGGCUUUAUUCCCCGUCAGCAGAGAAGAUGGAUUUACGUCCCUACCAUGACGGACUAGGACAGGAGACAUACGAUGACCAGCUGGACGCACUACGCGUCACAUAUGAAGAUUGGGAAAAGGACAUGGGGGCGCCAUAUGGAAUUGCGCGGACGAAUGAGUUAUCCAUCUUUGCUUUCAGCCAGACACCUUCCUCUAGCCAACUUUCUAAAACUGCGAAGCUUCUACGAGAACCCCCUGUCUUGAUUCCUGAUAGGGCAUACGUCCUAUCCACCAAAGCGCUGGGCACAUACUGGGCGCCCGAAGCUACAGCUCUCAAUCCAAGCCCUUCUCAGACAGCCAUCACGCACAAUCUUGACUUCCUCUUUUCCUACUACAAAACCCAAAUCGUCGAACGCCGAUGGUACGGCUUCUGGGACCACGGCGACAUUAUGCACACAUACGACGCAGACCGACACACCUGGCGAUACGACGUUGGAGGUUACGCGUGGGAUAACUCCGAGCUUUCACCGGAUCUCUUUUUCUGGCUCUAUUUCCUGCACACUGGAAGAGAGGACGUCUACCGCCUAGCUGAGGCGCUAACCAGACACACCUCCGAGGUCGAUGCAUAUCACAAUGGACCGUGGAAAGGCCUAGGCACACGACACGGUGUACAGCACUGGAGCGAUAGUUGCAAGCAGGCUCGAGUAUCGAGUGCGAUUUAUAAGAGAAUAUUCUAUUAUCUAACAGGCGGCGAUGAACGUACGGGAGAGCUGCUGAACGAGACGUUGAAUGCAGACAAGACGCUAUUUACUUUAGAUCCCUAUCGCAAGGUCCGCCCGGAUAAAUCCAACAUUGCAUCUGCAGGGGCCGUCACAAUUUCGCUUGGGACCGACUGGUCCGCAUUCGCUGCAGCAUGGUUCACUGCGUGGGAGAGACGCAUUCCGAACUGGGAAGAUGCGUUUCAGAAACUUCAUCUCUCCAUACAGGGGAUAAGCAAUCUAAGAAACGGGUUUGUCACCGGCACAGUACUCUAUAAUAUCAACACGGGGGGUAUCCUCCCCCCUUCGCAAGACGCGAAUAAUACCGGAGUCGUGAAGGUGUCUCAUCUUUCUGCCAUGUUUGGGUUAUUUGAAAUUUGUGCCGAAAUUAUCGACUCUUUUGGAGACACGCUUCCGCUUAGAUUUCGGUCUGCAUGGGUCGAUUAUUGUCGGUUUUUCAACGCAAGUGCCGAUGACCAAAGGGCUAAAUAUGAUGUUGAUUUUGGGUCAUUGAUACUGCGUCAGGGACAUUCACGGUUGACUGCUUAUGCGGCGAGGACACUGCAUGAGGCAGGUCUUGCAAGGCGGGCGUGGGAGGAGUUUUAUACUGGGGAUGGGUAUGCGUCAAAUGCGCCGUGGAGGAGUGAGCUGGUGUAUGGGAGUCGGGUUCCUGUUCCUGUGCACGAGGCCGCAUGGGUGUCGACGAAUAUUUCCGCGCUUUAUGGACUGGCGGCGAUUCAGAAUUUGGCCCUAGUUGGGGAUCAUCUGUCGAACGAGAGAGGUGGUUGA